AACAAAGACUCAUAAUACCUACUCAAUUAAAAAUCAGAGCACAUUGCACUUUACUUGUCACAAUAUUAAAACAAAUUGUCUUAAAUAUAUGACAAAUGAGACAAAAUGUUCACAGAUGAGUUGAAUUUGGUUGAAUGUUGUUCACUUGAACGUCACUGCUUAUUACGUACGCUCAAAAUGUAGGUAUUUGUCUAUUUAACAGGGUAAUUAACAUACAGUUCAAAACAUUUACCUAUCGCCUUUAAUUAAGAAGGGUAAUACAAAUAUUCUUUCACCGUAUAAUCAUAAUAACUAUUCGUGCACAGCUUUAAUGACUUACGAGCUAAAAACAAGGGUAGUAAAAAUUAUAAUCUUCAUGAUGAAAAUUUUGUUGAAAGGAUAGAAGUAAUAUAUGAUAUACCCUCCGUACCCAUUAUGAUUCUUUUUCGGUUCGGUUCGGUUGAUAUAUCAAUAAGUAAUUUAAAAACACUGAGAAUGCCCUCCUGCGAGUAAAUAAUGGUCGAAUUAUGACACGUUAAUAAGCAUUAAAUUAUAUUGCAUUGUCGCAUAAACCGAUCACAUCCCAAACGAAAGAAAAAGCGUGUUAUCCAAAACAAAAUUAAUAUUAAUGACCGGAAUAUGUGUGUCACACGGCCCAUAGUGUUCCGAGCUACGAUAAUAUACUAUACGAGUUAAAAAUGUAAAUUCACUAAAAGAUCGGAGUGGGGGCGGAUCGAAUAAAAAACUGUUGACUUUUGGUUGGAACACCACAAUCAAAUAGUAAUCGGUGGUUUGAGUUCAUCCAAACAUCUUCAAGAUGAAGUUCUCCUUGGUUCUUCUUAGCGUGGCCACCGUGGCUUACUCCAGUCCUGUGCCUAAGGACGAAUCAGUGCUAAAGUCGGUGGUUGGGAGCUUCGUGAACUGCAUGAAUAGUGAUGUUAACUUGUGUAUCAAGGAACAUGCCCUUCGUGCCACCGACCGUCUCGGCACCGUUCGCAAACUCGACAUCUUUGAAGGUCUUACCAUCCUGAACAACAACCCUAAAGAAGCCAGGAGUCUGGAGGCUUUGUCCACCGAUCCCCAGAUCAGGAACAAGGAAGUGACUGAGAGACUCUGGGAGAAGGCCAAUGAUUUGCUUCAGAACAGCGAGCUGGAGAUCAGCUUUGGUAGUGAUGAUGAGGAAUCCAGGGCUCUUGGUGACGCUGAGGAGAGCCGUGGCAAGAAGAAAGACAUCAAGAAGAAGAUGAAGCUGCUCAUGCCCCUCAUGCACCUGCUGAAGGCCAAACUCGGUGCUUUGGCUGUCCUCUUCCUCGGUGUCAUCGCCAUCUCAAUCUGGAAGCUGGCCCUCAUGGCUAAGAUUGCUUUCAUUGCCAAGAUCAUUGCCAUUAUCAAGGCUCUGUUGGCUAAGAAGCAUGAGGAGCAUGGUGGAUGGGCCCCGCCUAUCCAUGAAGACCAUGGACACGGCCAUGGUGGCUGGGAAAGCCAAGGUUGGGGACGUUCAGGCAAGAUCGAAGGCGCUGAUAUGGCCUAUGCCGGCUACAAGCAACAGUAGAUCUAUAAUGGCGUACUGACUUAAUAGCUAUAGGCAAAGUACGUUCAAACCAAAUAUUUGCCAUUAUUGCCAUAUUUAUUUUGUGUGACUGUGUGCGUGUUUGAUUAUUUAUUUAUUGACUGCUUUUAACUUCUUUUCAGUCAUUUUAUACGACGCUGAAACUGGUGUUUCACUGUUAGUAGUAAUUUGAUUGAAAAGGAACUUUCGUCUUGAAAUCGUAUUUUUAUGGGUUGUGAUUAUUUUUUAUCUUGUUUGGUAUAUUUUUGAUUAUUUUUAUUUGUAAAUAGUUUUUUUGUUCAUUCUUUUAUUUUGUUUUAUUUGUUCUGUUUAGUUUUAUUUUAUUUAUAUUCUAUAACGUUUCAAAUUAUUACUAUUAUUUUCUAUUAAUUUUUUUUAACUUUAUUGCACGAUAUAAAAUUGUACAAAUGGCGGACUUCAUGCCUUAAUGCAUUCUCUACCAGUCAACCAUUGGGUCAAACAUAAACUUUAUAUUGCAUUACUUAUUUGACUACUAUUAUCAUGAUCUCUCGUAUUUAUUAUUGAUUGUUACAACUUAUCCUAUAUUAAAUUAUUAAUAACUAAGCUAUAUUAUUAUUAUAGCUAUAUAUUAUUAUAAUGUGUACGAUUUGUAUAGUAUCGUGUAUCACGACUAAUGAAUGUAUAACGUUUAAGAUAUCUUUGUGAGUGUGUAUUUAUUGUGUGUGAAUUAUAUAGACAAAACGAAUAAACCAAAUAGCAUUGAUUACAUA